AUGCCCACUCCACGCCCCUCUCCCCGCCGGCCAUCUGGCCCCGCGGGUCCUUCCAUCCGUCCCAGCGACUGCAGAGUCACAGUCAAGAUAGACGAGAAUGCCAAGACUGAUUAUCCCACUGUUUUCAAAACCAUCGAUGUUAAAGUCAGAUACCCUCGAGGCAAAGAGGUUGCUUCUCUGCGUGCGGUACAAAUUGACCGGCGUAUCGCAUGCGAGGGCCGGUUCCACCAGGUUAUGGACAGUGACAUGGAGGACCGCGAUGAGCUCGAAAUGAUGGGGCGAGUAUUAUUCACCAAGUACGGGGAGGUGAGACCAUGGAUCGUCGAGGAUGAGCAAUUGAAGGGUACAGGUUGCUGGGGGAACGAGUUGAGCGACGGCAUGCUCAUCUACAUCUUAUCUGUGCGCGUUCCUGACGAGGCAUCGCGUGGUCGAGGACUUGGUUCUCUGGCUUUACGAAGCCUGUUGAGAUCAGAACAUGUCCAAAAGGACGAUAUUAUAUUGGCUUGGCCGACUCUCCACGAUCAGAGCCAACAUGACGAAGAGACAAAGAAUCUCUCUUCCUUCUAUCACAAGAACGACUUCAGACGAGUCGGGGUUGAAGAGAAGGAAGAGUACGCCAGGAAAUAUCCUCUUCACAACAAGAUUUUCUGUGCAACGAAGGAGGAUAUUGAGCAAAUUAUCCGCGCCACUUUCUUGCAGAAUCCACUGUCUAUCCGGAGGCAAGACGACGAAGGCUUUACACCCAUUCAUCGUGCAGCUGAAGCCCAUAACUUAAUUGCAACGAAUAUCCUUCUCGAGCUCGGAGUACAAGAAGACCUCGUAAAGCGGGAUAACGCACGUUUAAGGACACCCUUGAUGCUCUGCACGGACCAGCUGCGGCUGACUAGAGAGCUUCAAGAGACCAGACACAGGCGAUGGUUGGGCUACUCGUACAGCGGAUUGCGUGUCGAGGCCAUGCUCAAGAGAGCAAUGGGACAAUACGCGGGAACCGACGACGAGUACGUCCAAAAGAACAGCUGGGGGUGUACGUGCGGACAAUGCGUGGGUGGGUGGCUCUCUCCGAAAAUACGUUACGCCCUCGAAGCAUGCGCAGAGUGUCUUUACGACAGCUUGCUGGAGAUGCAGAAAUGCAUAUUCGUAGACGGGCAGCCGAUUACAGAACAAAGCAUCCUGACCAAUGAAGGGCUGCCGUACAUUCCUCCGCGUCUCCGCUCCCGCAUCGACGUGGUCUUCUACUUCGGAUUUCGUGUCAUAUUCGGCGCCAUAGGCCAGGUCAUACAAGAAAUCGAGGACGCGAGCAACCCAACAGCAGAGCAGAUUCAAGAGCGCAUUCUGCGGAAAGUCCAUGGCGAUCUUCCGUGGACCAAUUCCUUCGAACUCCAGCCCGUAGAAAUGGACGCGGUAAUGUACUACCUGUCUAAAGGCGGGCGGAUCUCGUACGCGUUGGACUGCGUAAUCGCCGGUGUGCCGAGCGAAUUCGAGAUGGACGACAUGUACGAAGGCGUGCACGAGUUCUUUGGGAUAAAGGAGACCGAACGUGAGGGGCGAGAUCCCGAGCUGGACGAGUUGGAGAGGAAGAGGAAAGCGCUUCCGGCGUGCGCGAACGACCGGGAGUUUCUCCUGGUGAGACAUCGCAUGGGUCUUGAACGGAUGGGACCAUAUGGGGACCAUGAACGUUAA